CAAAUACUGUUCGAGAGCUGUGACAGAUGCCCAUGCGACUUGUUAAUGUGUGAGCGCCCUCACGGCUCAAUAAAGUGUCUUUCCUCGUUACUACCAUCACCUUUCUCCGAAGAUCUGUCAGUUGCAGUCUCCUUGACUGACGCUGUGGCGUCUAGCCGUCGCUGUUCACCAUGUCACACUCAGCACAAUCGACUCGCGGCCUGGACCACUCGAGAGACCCAUGUCCAUGGGUAGCAUUGUCAGAUUUUGGAGGCGCCUUCUGUAUGGGAGCGAUAGGAGGAGCAGUAUGGCAUGGCGUGAAAGGCUUCAGAAACAGCCCUUAUGGUGAACGACGAAUAGGAGCAAUAACGGCGAUCAAAGCGCGCGCACCCGUACUUGGCGGCAACUUUGGCGUUUGGGGUGGCAUGUUCAGCACGUUUGACUGCGCAGUGAAAGGGAUAAGGAAGAAAGAGGAUCCAUGGAAUGCCAUCAUCGCUGGAUUCUUUACUGGGGGCUCGUUAGCAGUUCGUGGCGGACCAAAAGCAAUCCGGAACGGCGCAAUAGGUUGCGCCAUCCUGCUUGCGGUCAUUGAGGGCGUGGGCAUCGGCUUCCAGAGGAUGAUGGCAGAGAACACGAAGCUCGAGUUACCCCCUCCGCCACCACAAUCCAGCAGCGCAGGCAGCGAAGGGAGGUUGGUGGCUGCAUGAUAGCUGGCAUUGGUCACAGAGCGAGCGAGUUGCUGUUUGCGGCGAGUGUGUCAUAGACAAUAGAUGACAGACAUGCGUGGCGUUGGCGGGCUGACGGCAUCUGAAUUGCAUAGCGCUGGUGGUUUACCGCUGAGGAAACGGCGAUCUUCACUCCUGCCCUGAUGAAGAAGGAAGGCACGCUCUGUUGAGCGGCAUGAUGCGGCU